CACAGCAUGAGCCACAUCAACCCUUAAACGCCCCCUUCGAACGCCCCUUGUCUUCUUGCCUCGUAUCUUCUUCCCAUCACACUUCUUUCGUGAAAGUCAGAUAUGCCUGGGUCCGAAUCUCACUCGGACUCGAGAAGGAGGCCAGCCUCGGACUCUAUCACUGACACUAUACUCGGUAUUUGGCGGGAGAAAUGUCAACCGUACGCUGCUGAUUACAUCGGCCUGGCUAUUAUAGUGCCCAUUUGGAUUUGUCUGCAACUCUUUGCAUUCACCGAACCUUUCCAUCGCAUGUUCGCCCUGGAUGAUCGGAGGAUUCAAUACCCACAUGCGGAAAUCGAGCAUGUGCCUGUUACCUGGCUCCUAAUCUAUGCGGGUCUCUUUCCAUCAGUCAUCAUUCUUGUCUGGAGUUUCGCUUUCUUCAAGCCUCACAAGACACACGUCACCUUAUUAGGUCUUGGCAUUAGUCUGCUUGUGACACUCUUCGUCACCGAUGUUAUCAAGAACGCAGUAGGAAGACCGAGACCUGAUCUCAUCGCCCGAUGCCAACCAGAACCUGGGACUCCGGAGCAUGAACUGAUCACAUAUCUCCGCUGCACGAAUCCCCACCACCACGUCCUUCACGACGGCUGGCGCUCCUUCCCCUCUGGCCAUAGUUCUUUUGCUUUCUCUGGCCUUGGCUAUCUCUCCUUCUUCCUCAUGAGCCAGUUUCGAAUUCUCCACCCUCGAGCAGGUCUUUAUCGUACUCUUGUGGCAUUCUCGCCUUUCCUCGGCGCAGCACUUAUAGCAAUCAGUAGAUUGGAAGAUUAUAGACAUGACGUUUUCGACGUUGUUGUUGGAAGUUGCUUAGGCUUGAGCAUCUCGUUUGGAGUAUGGAGAAGAUGGUUCCCGGCAUUGUCGAGCAAGGAGUGUUCAGAGCCUCACGAUGCUAUAGAAGGUGAAGAAGAGCAGUCUAUGUUCGAAAGAAUCAGAGACGAGGAAGAGAUGACAGGUGGAGGAUUCGAGAUGCAGAGCAGAGAAGGUGGUUAUUUGGGUACUGCUGUUCGAUAGAGCGCAUUUGAGAAAUGACAUCCAUGUUGAAGAACCAAUCCUUGGGUGGACCUCGCCAGCAACGAAAGCCGUCCCGGAUCUCAUCCAUUUGGUGCUUGUUUUCACUGAGCUAUCACCAAUCGGCUUGGCAAGCGAGGAAAGCGUAAUCUAGGAAAUCCUGGUUUGUCGUUUUUGAGUCGUUGCCUGUUGUGGUCGCGCCCUCACUCGCAAUUACGAGCCCCGGCAGGGCCAGGGCCCCUUGGAAUCGAGUU